AUCAGUUAACUUUUUCUUUUGUGAUACAAACAUUCAAAUUGUAAUCAAAACAAGGAUCUAUUCAACCCCACAGUCAACUCUGCAUACUUAACUGUUCACAUUUGACCCUUUUUUCUGUCUCUUUCGUACCUUUCUUUCAUUCUCUUUUCCCUCUUUCCCUUUUUCCUUUUUUUCCUCCUUUCUUCUUCUUCGUCUUCUGUGUGUCUCAACAUCUACAAUUAACCGUAAGGAUCGAUUUUGACUAUUGUAUAAAUAUAGUUUUAACAUAAUUUCCUAGCUGUUUACUAAUUUAACCUAAAAAUAAUUUUAAUCGGGUUACUCUUUGGCUCCCUUUCUAUUCAUCAAUCUCCUCUCUUCUGCUCUGUGUAUACCUUGAAUUGGUGUGUUAAUCAAUUCCUAUUUAUAUCCAUCGUGAUUCUGAUUUAUUUACUCUUGUUACAUACAAACCAUUAUUUGGAUUAGUUUCAUUUUAAGGUGAUCCACUGAGUGGUGGCUAAACCAGUAAGCCACCCAAAACAAAAGCCGGCAAAAUUGAUCAUCCAAGCGCUUAUCCUCACCACCGGAGGACCCUUCCCAAAUCCAUCCAAAUGCAAAAGAGUAACCUUAUAGCUGGUAAUAUGUUGGAUAAUUGUUACGAUUCGAGGGGUUCUCUGGAUGAUAUAACUGCCCAAACCCACCAUCAACAGAGAAGAAUGGUAGUAAUGAGUGAAAUUGAAGAACAGGAGAGAAAAAUAGUAGCCGAAUUUUGUCAUCUUUUGGAAAAAUCGAAGCAACUCUUCAAUGGUUUGAGGGAUCUCCCUCAGUAUGGGCAUAAACAAUGGCAGCCUUAUUUUGGAAGGACUUUUGAUGUUUACACAAAAUUAUGGAAAUUUCAACAACAGCAUCGGCAAGUGUUAGAUGCCAAGUAUGGUCUUAAGAGGUGGCAAAUCGGUGAAGUAGCCUCAAAAAUAGGACAAUUAUAUUAUCAUUAUUAUUUAAGGACGAGUGAGACCAAUUACCUUAAUGAAGCCUUCUCAUUUUAUUCGGCCAUUCGAUCUCGUGGUUAUUAUACUAAAGCUGUUAAAGAAGAAAGAUCUGACCUGAUGGUUAAAAAGUUGAGGUACUAUGCAAGAUUCAUUGUAGUUUGUCUUUUGCUCAAAAAGAUGAAAUUAGUAAAGGAACUCGUUCGGGAAUUGGCUAAACAUAUUGACGAUUAUACAGCAACAUAUGAACCAGAUGAUCCCUUAGAAUGGUCAGUUGUUCUCAGUGAGAUUAAAUCAUUUUUAGAUUCCGAUAAUUUAGUAAGUGUAUUGGAUGUUGAUAAUGUGCCAAUAGUAUUAUCAUCUCGAUUGGGUCCUCAUAACACACCUCCAAAGGAAAUCAUUUCUCAGUCAUCCUUUCCACAGUUAACCCUGCAAGAAAUUUUAAUUGUAGGAAAUGUUUGUGAUCAAAUCAAGUUUAGUGAGCUAACUCUUGACAUGUUCAGGAUGCUGCAAGUUCUUGAGAGGGAACCUCAGGAAGACAUCAACCCACUGUACGAUACAUCACCAGCACCAGGAAGAAUGGCCACAUUUCCUGAGAAUGGUGAUGCUCGUGGACAUAAACGUGAAAAUCUUCAUAAGUAUCUAUUAUAUAGACCAACUUUUAGUCAAUUAUUCGUAUUUUUGGCCUCUGGUUUUAAAGAGUUACCUCGUAACGGUGUUUUACUCCUGUAUUUAUCAGCAGACGGUGCAUAUCCAACUUCUAAGCAUUCUGACGAUCUUGGUUAUGAUGUUGGUGGUUUAGUGACCAAUUCCAAAAGAGAUUCUGAAUUUUCCUGUAAAUCUCGUGAUCUUCAUUACAAGAAUAUCCAUUGUUUAUACCCCGGUGACUUAUUUCCAUUUCUUCGUAAACCUUUCUUCCUCAUUGUGGACAGUGAUAAUAGCGCUGCUUUCUUCCGCCUUCCUCGCUUUUUUGGUCAACCUUUAUUGGUUCUCAUGUCACCUCAAGAAGCUCCUGCACCUUUUCAUGAGCAACACCAUAAAGGAUCUUUAUUUACACUAUUCUUGCACAGCCCGUUGACCGCCAUUUGUUUUAUAUCCAACAUCAUUGAGAUACCUUUUCAGCUAUGGGAGAAAGCACAUACGCACAUUGAUCGUUUCUAUGUUGAGGCUGGUCGAAUUUUAACUCGAUCUCGAAAUGUUGAUCCGGUUUAUAUACAAUUUUACGGUGAUGAUUUCCUCCGUCUACUCAUUCUCAGAUUUAUUUUUUGUUACUCUGUUAUGAAAAUGCACCGUUUAUUUAGGCAAGGACGAAAUUAUUUUCCCAAAUGCCACCCUCCAUUGCCCGAGAAUGAGCUCUAUGACCAUCCAAAUCUCCGUAGAACCAUUUUAGAUAUGUCAAAUACGUUAGACAUCAGAUCAAUGUUUGCAGACCUUGAUGAGACUGAAUGACAAACAAUUAAGUUUGCCCUAGCUUGAGGCAAAGUUGAAAUUUAAAAAAAAAUGGUUCUCGUCUUAUUACCUUUUCUAUUGUUUUUUAUGUGAUUGGUUACCAAAUUCACUUUGUUGCCUAUUUUGUUGAAUUUAUUAUCCAGACACAUAUAAUUAUCCUUUCUUUUUUGCCUUUCAAUAUCUAUCAAGAUGAUCCAACUCCUAUUUUACUUAAUAUUGUUUUCUAUUUCUGAGUUUUAUCGUGCAAAAUGUUGAAAAUUAUGAUGAACCGAUGACGAUGGGUGAAAUUCAUCAUGAAAAUGCGAACCAAUUUUCUUCACUAAAGACCAUUUCUGCAUUAGUCAAAGUCAAAAAACACAAAGAAACAAAAACAACAAAAAAAAGUCACCAAAUUAUACACUCACAAAACAAAACAACAAAACACCAAUCUUUAUUAUACAUACAAAUUAUAAAUAUAUAUUAUAAGAUUAUUAUUAUUGUAAAUAAUUAUUAUAAUUAUUAUUGUUAUUAUGAUAAUUAUUGCUAUUAAUUGUUAUUAGCCUUUGGUUUUAUGAUAAUCUAAACAAAAUCAAAUCUCUCUGUAACUACUUUUUUGGCAUUGCCUUUUUCAUUCAUUCAUCUCCCUGUUUCACCUCUUUGAUUGUAAUUCUGUAAUCUUAAUUGUCUUAAUACAGCAAAAAGACGGACUUUUUUUUCUCACUGCAAAAGCCGACAUGGAAAAUGGUUGAUAAUGUUCAAUGUAAUUCAACGCAAUCCUCAUCAUCUCUUGAUAACAAUUUGUUAAAUGAACGUCACUUCAAACAACAUCAAAUCAUACAACUCACACUCAGCAAACACACACAUAAUAAAGCAAACAACCGCAUCAUCCUACACCUCAAGAAAUCACUUGACCUUUACAUUUUACUGAUUUAUUUUUUUUAUUUCAGGUGAAUUCUUGAACACCUUCAUCUUGCGAUUCUCCAUUUUUCUUGUAUACAUUUUAUUUCUUGUUUAAUGUCAUCAUUGAUCAUAUUUCAAUUGUCAGGCUCAUUCUCUUCUUCUCCUCACCGCCAUUUGCAUUAUUUGUUACAAUCAUCAUUCAUCGUCUCAUCUUUUCACCAUCAUAAGCCUCCUCUAACAUCAUCAUUGCUCUCAUCUUCAUCCUUUAAACACACAAAACACAGUUUUCUUUCUCCUCUUCCCUCAUCAUCAUCAUCUUUACUCAUUCUAACCCAAUCCCUACUUUUAUCCUCUUCAUUUUUGCACAUUUUUGGUAGCUUUAAUGUCAAUUAUUAUUAUGCCAAACAAAACAUUUGUGCUAGUAAAUAAUUUUUUGAUAAAUUAACACUCGAAAAGAUGAGACUAAUCACCAAAAUGAUGUAGACGAUGAGAAGAAGAAUCAGAAUUUACAAAAAGGAAUCAACUCAGUAAACUUUAACUUAUUUUGUAAAACAAUGUUACUCUCAAUUGUAUUUAAUCUUGUUUUUUCAUUUCUCUUUGCCAUUUUUUGUUUGGUUACAAUUAAGUUAGAGUUUACUGUAAAUCAACAGACAAUGCUAGUCAUUGGGUUUAUAACAAUAUUACAAUUUUACUUCUAAUUAUAAAUAAUAUAUAAAUAUAAAUGCAUUCAAAAUCAGCUU